CGCACAGUCUGCUUCUGAUCGCGCGCGCACGCUCCCUCUCUCUGUCUGUGUUCGCUCUCUGGUACUGACUCGCCAGUGGUUGCCUGCAGCAGUCAGUCCUGUGGUUGUAGUUUGCUAUAUUGCAUGUAGCCUACAUGAGCAGUCAGUCACUCAGAAGCGAGUGCGCGUGGAUUACAGUGCCCAACACACGGAGGAAUCGCUGCUUUUAAACUGAACCAAACAAACGCUUGCAGCAUUGAGAGACUCCAAAACUCAGUGUUGUCGUGAGCACUCGUGGGGGUCGGAUCGGCGGGAAUGGCUUCGUCUCCGUGCGGCGGUGGGAACUUUGAUUGCGGGUUGGAAAUCCAAACUCGCUCGGUGGAACAAACACUCAUCCCGCUCGUGUCUCAGAUUACCACACUGAUCAAUCACAAAGACAAGCUCAAGAAGACGGAGAAGACUUUACGGGCCAUCCAGAGAGUGGGGCAGGCGGUCAGUGUUGCAGUUAGCCGUUUUGUGGCAGUGGGUGAAGCCAUUGCAGUGGAGAAUGAAGACUUGAAGGACGAGAUGGGACUGGCUUGCUUUGAGGCUCGGAGAGCAGGCACUGCAAUAGCUCAACUGACAGAUGUGUCCGGUCUGGAGCAGUGUGAGGGUGACGGGCGCAGCACGGUGUUCAGUGACAGGACUGGCAUGGUGAAAGCUGCUCGCAUGCUGCUCUCCUCCGUUACCAAAGUCCUGGUGCUUGCAGAUUGCAUCGUUAUCAAACAGAUCAUAAGCUCACGCAACAAAGUGCUGGUUACCCUGGAGCAGCUGGAGAGAGUCAGCACUUUUCAGGAAUUUGUCCAAAUCUUCAGCCAAUUUGGGAACGAGAUGGUAGAGUUUGCCCAUCUCACGGGAGACAGACAGAAUGAUCUGAAGGAUGAAAAGAAAAGAGCUCGGAUGGCCGCCGCACGUGCUGUGCUGGAGAAAUGCACCAUGAUGCUCCUCACAGCCUCUAAGACUUGUCUGAGACAUCCAGACUGCGAGUCGGCACGGAUCAACAAAGAAGCAGUCUUCCAGCGUAUGCGUCUGGCCCUGGAGCAAGUCAUUGAGAUUGUGACUGACACGAGGAGCGGUGGGGAGGCCAAAGUACUUCCUGUCAGCAUCUACGCUGGGAUUAAAGACUUUAAGGUUAAAGUGGAGGGUUUGAGAGACUCUCUGUUCUGUGUGUCCUGUGAGGCAGUGGCGGCUCAGCUGGAAGCUCUUGUAGAGAAAACCGAAGACUUUACAGACUCUGCCUACACCAGCCACGAGCAGAGAGAGACAAUCAUACAACUCUGCCAGAUCACACGUCAGGAGACCAAACAGCUCAUCAACACAUGGAGACACGCGCAGCAAUUGCUUAAAGCCAAAGAGGCCACGGACGAGAUGGAGCUCUCUAUUUUGAAGACCUGUCAGAGCGUCAGUGAUCUCAGGCGAGAGCUUCAUAAGGUAGCAGUGGGGAGAGCCACUGAACUGCUGAAGCUGCAUUCAGAUCAUCUGGUGCUGCAGGCCCUGAAGGCCUCUGGUGGGGAUGGAAACUUGGAGGCUGUGGCUGACUAUGCCGGCACACUCACCGAACACAAAGAGCAGCUGGUGGAGACUUGUCGUUUGCUCUGCCACGUUUCGGGGACCGAGCCGUUGGAGAUCACCUGCAUUCAUGCUGAGGAAACUUUCCGUGUCAUUGGUCCGCAGAUCAUCUCUGCAGCACAGACACUUGCUCUGCACCCCACAAGCAAGAUAGCCAAAGAAAACCUGGAUGUGUUUUGCGAGGCCUGGGAGUCUCAGCUGUGCGACAUGGCCAUCCUGCUGAAGGAGAUCAAUGAUGUGUUUGAGGGCCGCAGAGGUGAUAAGAAAACAUAUCUGUCUCUUCCGAGACCAGGGAAACACUCUGCUAACCUGAAGACAGUCAAGGCUGCCAAACUUGAUGCUGAGGAGCAAACCACCAUUGCUAAGCUGGGGCUGGAACUGUGUCUCCUCACCUCAGAUGUGGACUCAGAGGUAGAGCGCUGGGACGAGCAGGACCAUGAGAUGGUUCGACUGUGUCAGAUCAUAUCCAGCAUGGCGUAUUCCAUGUAUCUCUUCACCAGGGGAGAAGGCCUGCUAAAGACAACUUUGGAUCUAUUCCACCAAGCUGAGGUGUUGUCAGACCAAGGUCUCCAGCUCUGCCCCGUCCUCCACUCUCUCUCCACACAGCUGCUGGAUGAAGACAGAAUGCUUAUUAUAUCUGAGACAGAGAAGCUGUCAGCCGCAUGUCAACAGCUGCAGGUCUGUGCCAAGACUCCGGUUCAGGGGAAGAGCGCCAUCUUUCAGAAGGUCGACUCAUCCAUACAGAAUACCAAAGGCAUCUUGACAGUGGUGGUCUACUUACUGCCCAUCUGUUAUAAGCUCAUCAGAAAGUGUAAAUCAGAAUGCAGUUGCCUGGCUUCUCAGCACUGGAGGGAGAAGCAGGUGAGCACGCCCGUCAGCGAGGAAACUCUGAACGGCAAAGGCUCCAACGGCUUUGGGAUCAAAUCCCUUGAACAGCACAUGGCCAGUCUGACAUUCCUGGAGAGCAAAUAGCUCUGAAAACCAAAGGCGCUCCUGCCUGUUCUCGCACACACAGUGCAUGGCAUUGCACUCGCUCGCAACGUGCCAUUCUUUGUGAUUCUGCCCAUUCGCUUUGUGGUGUACGAUAGCGUUAGCGUUACCAGGCUCAUUCCAGAUACCAAAAAAUAUUGAAGAAAAACCCUUCAUUGCAUGUGUUGAAGUCAUUAUGCAAUUGUUUCAAGUGUAAUGGCUGGUAAAUAAGCUACGGUUUUAACCGAAACGAUAUUCAACAGCAUUUUUUUGUGAUUAGCCAACAUUGAGGUGUACAUAACAAAAAGUUGAUGCAAAAAACCUCUGCACACUGUAUUUAACAUAACUGCCUCAUGUACAAGUUGAUGCCAAAUAUAUCCAGUUUUAAUCAUCUUCCUACACUGGUCUUGCCACAUGGCAGUCUGCUCAAGGCUGUAAGACACAACUUCAGUGACUUUGGAUAUACUACUUUGAGAAAUUACCAUCUUGGUGUUCUAUUUGAGAGUUUACAGCAAGGAAAGUUUCUUUCCAUAGGGGCAUUUCUGAAGGAUUUUAAUGAAAAAGACCAUUUUUAAAGAGACAGUGCACCCUAAAAUUUUUGGUCAUUUACUUACCCUCAUGUCUUUGUGUCAAACACACCAAAAAUAUAUUUUCAAGUUUCAAAAAUAAUUUUUUAUCCACAUAAUGAAUGGACAAAAACAGUUUAAACAUAUUUCAAAAUAUCUUCUUUUAUGUUCCACAGAAGAUCAUACAGGGUUGGACUGAUAUAAGGGUGAGUAAAUGACGAUGACAGUUUUCAUUUUUGGCUGAACUGUCCCUUUAAUUGUACUUUUGUAGGAGUAACAGCCUUGUAAUAGUAUUGACUGCCUUGUAGGUCACUGUGAUUUAUAUUUUUACUUCAAUCCUAAUAAUGUAAGUCAAGCUUUGGUACAUUAACCUAAAAGGUUAGAGUGAAGAUGGUAUAUAAAUCAAUAGUUUAGGCUGUUGUGUACUGAAGAGCAACUUUUUAGUAUGGCACAGAUUGAAAGGCUCUUCGGAAUUGGGUUUCCAUUUACACACGCACCAGUUCUAGUUGAUACUUUGCUGAAAUGUUCCUCUGAUUUAUACUACAGUCAGUCAAACCAUAAGCUUUAGAGAUGAUUGUGCAGCUAUGACCUCGAGUUGUAUUAGUGUUGGACCAUUGAAUGAUUGUUAAAUCAGAAAAAAUCUAAAUAUAUGUUAUUUUUCUUAAAA